CUUCCGUGGUAGAUUCGCUGUGAUUAAAACUAACACCAAACCAACCACAAAUGCACAGAGAGAGAGAGAGAGAGAGAGAGAGAGAGAGUGCUGAACUUGGCAUGGCUGUUGCAAAUUCUUCUCCGAUGAUUGUGAUGGACUUGUCCUAAUAAACCAAGAGUUCAAUUGUCUCCAGAAUGUUUUUUGAAUAAUGGCUCGUCAGUGGUUUGUGAAAAGAAUCAAUCAAGUGCUUUUUAUAGUAAAAUGCAGGAUCACUGAGCUACACUCAUCUGUAAUUCUAUAUCUAGAGUGAGGAUUUACCAAAAGUGGCAGCAGAUCUAAAAAGCUCGCUUGGUCAUUUAUUUAUUCCAAUGGAGGGUUUGGUUUCACCACCAUCCCAGAAAAAAUCUCUUAAAUGUGCUAAUCAGAGUAAGGAUCUCUGGAUGGUUGUGCGAGAGGGCUCUUUAUCUGAUGUAGAUUCAGCCUUGGUGAUGCUUCAGAAAAAUGGUGGAAAUAUUAAUGCAAGGAACCUGUUUGGGCUUACUCCUUUGCAUAUUGCUACUUGGAGGAACCAUAUACCGGUUGUAAGAAGGCUUCUUGAAGCUGGUGCAGACCCUAAUGCAAGGGAUGGGGAAUCGGGGUGGAGUAGCCUUCACAGGGCUCUCCAUUUUGGGCAUUUAGCAGUUGCUUGUGUACUUCUCCAGUUUGGUGCUUCUUUGACACUGGGGGAUUCGAAAUCUAGAACGCCUGUUGAUCUCUUAUCUGGGCCUGUUCUGCAGGCUGUUGGCAAGCAAAAUAGUUUGGUAGAUACAGAGGUCUUCAGCUGGGGUAGUGGUGUAAACUAUCAACUUGGAACUGGAAAUGCACACAUCCAGAAAUUACCAUGCAAACUGGAAUCUCUUCAUGGCUCAUUCAUCAAAUCCAUUUCUGCUGCAAAGUUCCACAGUGUGGCAGUUAGUGCAUGUGGGGAUGUUUACACAUGGGGAUUUGGAAGGGGUGGUCGCCUAGGGCAUCCUGAUUUUGAUAUACACAGUGGUCAAGCUGCAGUCAUCACUCCUCGUCAAGUGACAAUGGGUUUAGGUGCACGUCGAGUUAGAGCUGUUGCUGCUGCUAAACAUCACACUGUUGUUGUGACAGAGGGUGGAGAAGUAUUUACAUGGGGUUCCAAUAGAGAGGGUCAGCUUGGCUAUACUUCUGUUGACACACAACCCACUCCUCGUAGAGUUAGUUCCUUGAAGGCAAGAAUAAUGGCUGUUUCUGCAGCAAAUAAACACACUGCAGUAGUUUCAGAGGCUGGUGAGAUAUAUACAUGGGGUUGCAAUAGAGAAGGCCAACUAGGUUAUGGUACCUCUAACUCAGCUUCAAAUUACAGCCCAAGGUUAGUGGCAUACUUGAAGGGUAAACACCUUGUUGGAGUCUCUGCAGCAAAGUAUCACACUAUUGUUUUAGGGUCUGAUGGGGAGGUUUUCACUUGGGGUCAUCGACUUGUUAACCCUAGACGUGUAACCAUUGCUAGAAACAUAAAGAAAGCUGGAAAUUCUGUGCUGAAAUUUCAUCGCAAGGAACGCCUUACUGUUGUUGCUAUAGCUGCUGGGAUGACACACAGCAUAGCGCUUACAGAUGAUGGUGCGUUGUUCUACUGGUCAUCUUCAGAUCCCGAACUUCAGUGUCACCAGUUAUAUUCACUAUGUGGGAAAGGAAUAGCUAGCAUAUCUGCAGGAAAGUACUGGACUGCUGCAGUUACAGUGACUGGUGAUACUUACAUGUGGGAUGGUAAGAAGGGACAAGAUUCUCCGCCUACUCCUACUAGGCUGCAUGGGGUGAAGAAGGCAACCUCAGUAUCUGUUGGGGAAACACAUUUACUGAUUGUUAGCUCACUCUAUCAUCCAUGCUUCCUUCCCCAGUUUUCUGACGGUAGUCCAAAACAAGAGAUCAAGGGUGAAUUAGAUGAACUUCGUGAAGGCUUCAUGUUUGAUGAUGUGGAGAAUGAGGAUGUCUUGUCUGACAUGAAGGAUGAUAAUGAAAAUCCAGCACUACCCAGUUUUAGAAAUUCUUUUGAAAAGCCAAGUGCCCCGAGCUUAAAAAGUCUCUGUGAAAAGGUAGCUGCAGAGCAUUUGGUUGAGCCAAGAAAUGCCAUACAAGUGCUCGAAAUUGCUGAUUCAUUGGGAGCAGAUGAUCUCAAGAGACAUUGUGCGGAGAUUGUCAUUCGCAACCUAGACUACAUACUUGCAGUAUCAGUGCAAACUUUUGCUGGUGUGUCAUUGGAUGUUUUGGUUGAUCUUGAGAAACUUCUAGACUUGAAGUCAUCAGAGCCAUGGAGUUUCCGUCAGCUUCCUACACCCACAACUAAAUUUCCAGCUAUUCUAAAUAGUGAUGACGAAGAGAAUGGUGAAGAUGAUACACUUAGGAUACGCGAUGAUGGUACACAAGGGCUAAUUUUAUGCAAAGAAGGAGCUCAUAGGUUAGAUGGCUUUUUACAAUCCGAUGAUGCUGCGGUUGAAGGUGUCCACAAAAGAAUCAGAGCGUUGAGGAAAAAGUUGCAACAGAUUGAGCUGCUUGAGGAAAAACAGUCCAAGGGCCAUCUUCUCGAUGACCAGCAGAUUUCAAAACUUGUAAUGAGAUCAGCACUGGAGAGUUCUCUUGCUGAGCUUGGUGCGCCAAUUGAAACUGUUCAUACAAAAGAAUCAUCCCUGGUAGAUGAAAGAGGGAGUAGAAAAGCUGAAUCUAGAAAACAAAGAAGAAAGAAAAAAGAAAAGGAAGCCCGUAAGGAAGAGGGCUCUAGUGAUUUAGCUAUUGAUUCCGAACCAGGCAACAUGAAGGGCGUCCUGGAUGCUGAAGUUCAUGAAGAGAUCAAUAGUAAGGUUCAGGAGAAAGCUGCAGAUUCUGGGAGUUUUGUGGUAAUUCAAGAGGCCAGGGUUUCAAAAUCUCAUAGUAAGAAGGCAGCUGGAGAUGUUCCCCUAAAUGCGACUGCUUCUCCAACUGCAUCGAAGAAAAAGAACAGAAAAGGCGGGCUUUCUAUGUUUCUCAGUGGUGCCCUUGACGAUGUUCCAAAAACUGUCGCUCCACCACCUCCACCUGUGGUGAUGCCGAAAAGUGAGGGUCCUGCUUGGGGUGGUGCCAAAGCAUCUCAGGGACCAAAGUCGCUUCGCAUUAUACAAGACGAGCAAAGCAAGAUUGAGACCAAGCCCACAAAGAAGAAAGAGUCUGAGGAUCAUUCUGAAGGUAACAAUGGGAAACUCCCAUUAAGCUCAUUCAUCUGUUCCUCUCCAAUAGCUAUGACCCCUGCUAGGAAAGCACCAAUACCCGAUGGAGAUAGAAACACGCCACCUUGGGCGGCCUCUGGAACUCCACCUUCCCUUUCGCGUCCAUCUCUAAGGGAUAUCCAGUUUCAGCAGGGAAAGCAGCAGCUAGGAGUUUCUCAUAGUCCAAAAAAUAGCACCACUGGAUUCUCUGUGAUGAAUGGUCUGGGGUCACCAUCGGAGUCUGCUGGCUCAAACCGUUGGUUCAAACCAGAGGUUGAUGCUCCCUCGUCGAUUCGGUCAAUUCAGAUAGAGGAGAGGGCCAUUAAAGACCUGAAGCGCUUCUACGGCAAUGUUAGGAUUGUAAAGAACCAGUCAUAACAAAGGGAACAUGUAGUAUUUUUUUUUUCUGUAGGAUCCUCUGUACAUUGAUCUGCACAGUUAAAUUUUUUUCACACUUUCUAAGCUAGUUGCCUCCAAUUACUUUCUUGGUUUUUAUUAGUUCGAAAAUAACAAAUGUGUGUUGUAGAUUUGCAUUUCAGAUAUGCUCAUCUGCCAUUAGAUGGCCUAUGAAUAGUUAGAAGUGGCCCCAUCGUUUGUAUUCUGAGGCUAAAAUUGUAUAAAACCGGCAUAUUUUAGUUGACCACUA